AUGUUCGACACGGAGCGUUUUAUUAUUGAAGUACAAGAAAGACCUACUUUAUAUGAAGUGAAGUCGAAGGAAUACGCCAAUCGGGAAUUAAAAGCGAAGUUAUGGAUGGAGAUAGGACAGGAAGUGGUUGCUCAUUGGGCUGAUUUAGGCCCAGAAGAAAAAAACAAAGCUGUAAAGGACCUAAUGAAGAAGUGGAAGAAUAUAAGAGAUAGUUAUAAAAAAGAAGUAAAUUUAGAAACUAUCACAGUGUCGGGACAAUCAGCUUCAUAA